AUGUGUUGUUUCUCUUCACAACAUGACACCUUUUAUGCUCCUCUCUCCAAGAAACAUAGGAACCUUAGAUUAACUCACCUCAAAAGUAGAAGGAGAACACAAGAAAGGAAAAAGAUGAUUAUAGUGAAAGAAGAGAUGAAGAUGAAGAACUUGAAAUUGUAUAUGGAGAAUCAAAGCAUCAUUGAGGAGAAUGAAAAGUUGAGGAAACAAGCUAUGCUUUUGCAUAAAGAGAAUCAAGACCUUAUGUCUCAGCUUCAAAUUAAGCUUUCACUACAAAAUAUCAAUACCAACAAUAACUAG